CUGACGUGGUACAAUUGUACGUCGUAAUGGUUUAGUAUAGAAUGAAUAUUCAACCGUGCGUAUUCGACUUUCUUAAAUUUACAAAUGAGAAAACAAUUUUCUGAUGGAAAGUUUUUUAAAUUUAUAUUUUUAUGUCCUAAUAAAUUCUUGUUUCACAGCUAUAAAUAUACCAAGUGGUAUACUCAUAUAGCUGUGAAAUAGUGUAUAUACACUAUUUUUAAGUGGUUUCCACUGUUCCAGAUUUAGAGAGCUUAUAGCUUUUCUUGUUUUUGUGAAACUUGAAUUAUCAAGUUGGAAUAUUCAAAGUACUGUGCUGCUAAAUACGCAAAAGAAUUUCAUAAAAUAAUAAAAUCAAUUACACUCAUUGCAAGAUUGGAUGUCGGGCGAGACGGAAAAAUGGGUCAAAAUAUUUUUAUUUUACAGUCAAAAAUGAGUUUAAAAUCUGACGGAUGAAUAUAAAGCGGACUGCCACUUCUUUAUCGAGGAUAAUGUUUUUAAAGGACUUUUUUUUGCCACACCAGAGAUGAAGUCAGCCAUGGACGCAUAUCCAGAAUAUGUUGGGAUAGACGCGACAUUCAAAUUAUUAAAUAUACGUGCACCAGUCUAUUUAAUGAUAGUAGAAGAUCCCAAUGGCUGUACGGAAAUUGUUGGAGUGAGCAUAUUAAUUAAUGAAAAUAAAGUAUCGCUUGAAUGGAUGAUGGAUAGCUUUAAAAAGUGCCAUCCAUCGUGGGAAAAAAUAAAAUGUGUUAUGACUGAUAAGGACCUCACCGAAAGAGACGCUAUCCGAAGUAGCUUAUUACCUGUCGAAGUUAAUUUAAUUAUGUGUGCGUUUCAUACUUUGAGGACGUUCAACAGGGAAAUUACGACAGAAAAAAGAAGAAUUACACCGACAGAAAGAGAUGAAGCAAAAAGAAUUUUACAGCAAAUGGUGUAUGCUGAGACAGAAGACCGUUAUAAUGAGCUGUACGAUGAAUUAAGACGCUUGCCAAAAUCAAUUCUGGAUUAUUUCAAUGAAAACUGGCAUGAUUGUCGGAAUGAGUGGUCCUUGUCAAGUGAUUACAUGCAACAUAACUUUGGUAAUGACACAAACAAUCGUUUGGAGUCAAUAAAUGCCAAAAUUAAAAAAGAUCUUGAUCGUUUCAUGUCACUGGAAGAAUUUAUUAAACAGUUUUUAACUUUUCUGGAAUGCUCACAAAGAGAACGAGAUCAUAAAGCUGCUUCAGAUUAUCAGAAGAGAAAAGUGUUGAGUUAUUCCAAAAAUUCUCCAGAAAAUUGUUAUGCUAAUUAUUUAACGAAUUACGCUUUUAAAUUCAUAAUAAAAGAAUUUAAUAAAAUAGAUCACUUGGAGCUGGAAUACAAUGAUAAAUUAAAUAUUUAUGAAGAAAUUAUUUCGCCAACAGUGAAAGUAUCUUCCACUUCCACUUCCUGCAGUUGUCUGGAGCGAACAUCAAUGAACUUGCCUUGCAGACACAUAUUAUUGGUUAGAAAAAUAGAGAAAAAAAAUUUAUUUGAAGAAACUUUAUGUAAUGAAAGAUGGACCCGCAAUUAUUAUUUUGAGACUCAAAGAGUUUUUAAAUCUUCCGAUGAACAAAUCCCUGUUCCAGAAUCCAUUAUUUCUUCCAUUGAAUAUAAAAAAAAAAUUUUGUCGGAAAACGAAAAAUUCAGAAAAGCAAAUGAAAUAGCUAAAAAAUUACCGAGUCUAGCCGCAGAAGUUGGUACGAAAUUGUUCACAAGUAGAUUUAAAGUUCUAGUUGAUUUAUUAGAAGCGUGGCAAAAUAAUGAAGAGGUGGAAAUAAUAAAAAUAACAAACAGAAAUAAGCAAAAAAUUAAUAAUUCUAGACUAAGUAGAAUAAACCUACAUCACGACAGCAAUAACAGCAACAACAACGAGAACGAUACAAUUAUUGAGGAUAGCGACUGCGAUAAUAAUAAUAAUAAUUUUAAUAACAAUAAUAAUAAUAAUAAUGAUGAUGAUAAUAGUGAAAUGCUAAAUCAAUUAGAAUCUUCAAAAUCAAGUGAUCACGAAUUUAUAGAUAAUAAUACUACUGGUGGACUUGAUUAUCAUGAUGUACCAGAGACCAAUUUAUUGAAAAUUAAGGUAAUUAAUGAAAAAUCAACAAGAAAGAAUUAUGAUCUCCAGAGAGACUCAAGUAAUGACGAUUCCGAGUCUAUGAAAAUUAUGGUUCAUGAACCACCACAACCAAAUAAUAAUUAUGCUGACAGUUCUGAUGAUGAUGAAGAUGAUAUUGAUCGUUACUUGAAAUUAAAAAGACAUAAAAAUUUGUUACCAGACAGUUCAGAAGAUGAUGAUCAAAUGAUAAAUAAAAAUGAUGAAUUGAAAGAAAAUGAAAUAAAUUUAAACACAUUAGAUCGGUGCAAAGAUAAUAGUUUAAAUAAAUCGCCACUCGAAAAUAGGGUUUCAACUAUGCCAAAAAUUUUAAAUGAAACGAAAACUUCCUCAACGAUAAGAAAAGAUAUUAAUGUCCUUUCAAAUAUUAUAGUACAACCUUCAUUAAAGCGAAGAGGACGGCCGAAAGGCACUGAUAAGACUGUUAUUGGACUGCCCAGAAAAGUAAAACGUGCUAAAAAAGAAAAAGAAAUUCCAUUUAUCGAAAAGUCAUCAAUCGAAAAAUCAAAAAUUAUUUUAAAAUGGUUGAUGCCACGAAAUAAUAUUGAUGAAAUAUUAAAUAACCAAAGAAGAAUAAGUGAAUCGGACGUAACAAUAUCGAUUAACGAAUUAUCUUUUGCAAUUAUUGAUGAUAAAAAUAUCAAUUUAUCAUCAAUAAAACAAUAUUUCACCAAUGAGGGGUGGGAAAAAGUGAAUCAUUUGUGUGAUCAAAAAAAAAAAAUUGAAUGGCAAUGUAAAUAUUGUAAAAUAGAUUUAAAUAAGACGGUCGAUAAUGACGAUGACAAUGAUGGUGGUGAUGACAUAGACGAAAUAAAAAAAUUUAAAAUAAGCAUAGGAUGUGACUAUUGUCUUGAAUGGUACCAUUUGAAAUGUGCUGGUCUGGUGAAAAAACCCAAGUACCGAUUAUGGAUGUGUGCUGGCUGCAAGAGCACACGAUAAUUGUCAUAAUUUAUUGCACUUUAUUAUAGUUGAUAUUUUUCCUUGAUAAUAAUACACUUUUUCCUGUGAAUUAAAAUAAAUAAAAAUCGUUAAAAUUAUAAUUAUAACCUAUAAGUUUUUUUACUUAAUUUUAUAUAAACAUAAAUUAAUUAUGAUACUGUCCUCUUAGAGCUGUGAUUUCCAAACUUCGUUUCAGGAUCCAUGGUAACUCAUCAAAACUACAAUUAAAAUUUAUUGGGUAUAACUUUAUGCAUAAAAAAAUAUUUUAUUAUUUUUUUUUAUACUGUUAGCAAAUUAUUUUUUGUAAAUAAAUUAUUAAGUUAGAUAGUAUAAUACUUACUUUAUUAAUUAUAAAACAAUUAUUUUGAUUUUUAACUAAAUUUCAAAUUUUUUUAUAACCAUAAUCAAUUUAUUAAUUUUUGAAUAGUAAUUUUUACUUUUCAUUAACUUUUUAAUUUUUUUAUAAUGAUAAAUAAUAAGAUAUGAAUUAUUAUUUCGGGUGUGUUUACACUGUAAAAUCUUGUAAAGCUUAUAAAAGCAGUUUACAUUAAUGGGGAAGUACAUGACCCAACCGUGUGAAUUAGUACAUAAAAUAAAUCAUAUUUAAAUAAAAA